ACAGUCACGGCACGAAAAGUCCAUGUGUUCAGUCGGUGGUUUGUCCGGCUAUCGAGCAGGUAGUGCGUAUGCGUCGAGCGGCUGCGCAUUUCGUAUCUCAAGUUCUUUCGUGUCACGUGGUCCCAUCAAACAUCCCGCCGAAUUUACUCCAAAAAAGAAAAUCUAACUAAUCAUCAUUUCAAUAAUUUUCCACUAUUGAUCUUAUUAUUAGUGUCACGUUUUAAUUGUAUCGAAUAGGAUCUAAUUGUUUCUGACAUUUAGUGAAAAAAAAACUUGUGAAAUUAUUCUUUUUUUUUUUCUAUUACAAAAAAAAGGAGUGUAUUUAAAGAUUGUAAACUUUAGAGGGAAAAAUUUUAAUUCUUAGUGAAGUGAAUUUUGGUGUUAAAAAGUGAUUCUUGCAAUUUGGAGACUAGUGUUAAACUUUUUUUUUGAAAAAGUGAUAAAAUUUUGGUUUUUUAACACUUGAAAAACCAAUAAAAAAUUUAUUCAAUUGAUGCGAAUGAAUGUUUGUGAACGACGAUUAUUGUUAUGACCGGCGUAUUAUUUUUUGACAAGGAGAAGAAGCGGGUGGAGAACAAUGAUAAGUGGUUAUUGUUGACAAUUGAUUGGCAAGAGAAAUUGGAGGCGGAAAAGGAUAAAAAAAUUGGUGUGCUGGAGGUUGGCAACGCCGGUACCGUCGGCACUACCGGCACAAAAAUAAUGCCUCGAGGUUUACCAACAAGACGAGGCCUUCAGGCAUUGGCUCUCAUUCUUGUCACCGCUUACGCUACAAUUCUUCUUUAUCAGGCUGUUGCACCUCGUCAGUGGAUUGAUGAAAGUGCAGAAGUGAUCAAUAACAGUGUCGCUAUUGAAGUGCCAAUAUCUAGAGCAGCUGGUGAAGAAGAUGCAGUAACACCGCCUGGAGCAACUGCUACAAUGGCACCAUUUCCCACUGAUCUUGCUGAUGUCUUUAUCAGCGUGAAGACCACCCGUCACUAUCAUCGUUCCCGUUUGCCAGCAAUCAUUAACACGUGGUUCCAAUUCGCUAAGGAACAGACGUGGUUUUUCACCGACAGGGACGAUCCGUACUUUCAGAACGAAACAAACGGUCAUAUGAUCAACACCAAGUGCUCGUCGUCACACAACAGGAGGGCGUUGUGCUGCAAGAUGUCCGUGGAGUUCGACAGGUUUCUCGACAGCGGCAAAAAAUGGUUCUGUCAUUUCGACGAUGACAAUUACGUGAAUGUGCCGCGGUUGCUGAAGCUUCUGGAUAACUAUAAUCCACGAGAGGAUUGGUACCUUGGAAGACCGUCGAUACCAGCGCCUUUGGAAAUUUUACGUCAAGGCUCCGAGGCUGCAAAACGAUCUCAGAAGGUCAAAUUCUGGUUCGCCACGGGUGGCGCCGGUUUUUGCAUCAGCAGGGCGCUCGCACUCAAAAUGAUACCGGUGGCUGGUGGAGGGAAAUUUAUCACAGUCGGUGAUAGAAUAAGACUUCCCGAUGAUGUCACAAUGGGUUAUAUUAUCGAGCAUCUUUUGAAAAAACAACUCACUGUCGUCGAACAAUUUCAUUCGCAUCUUGAACCAAUGAAAUUUCUCAACAAAGACACAUUCCACGAACAGGUAUCGUUCAGUUACUCCAAAGGUUCCAAAGACGAAUGGAAUGUUGUAAAAAUCGACGGUUUUGAUGCUCGCGACGAUCCCACAAGAUUCAGAUCAAUUCACUGUCAUCUUUAUCCGAAACUUUCAUAUUGUCCGCAUAGAUGAUGAAUUAGCAAGGGAGUAAUUUGUUUCAUUUGAUUAAAAAGUUUUUUUUUCCUGAUAUAUUUAAAAUGAUAAAUUAUAUAUAUAUAUAUAAAUAUAUAUGAACAAUCGCAAUGACUGAGCAUGCGAUGGCAGCAAUAAUUAUUUGUCUGCAGUCAGUGAAGCAGUAAGGAAGAUUAAAAGUUUUAUGUAUACGUUCCAUAAAAAAAAAAAAAAAAAAAAAAUCACGUGAAUCGCUUUUGCCGAAACAUUAAACAGAUUGCGCGCACUGAACGUUAUUUAAUCCACUUUGUCUAUAUAAUGCUGCGUCAAAACUUAAAUGUUUACGAACGUGCAAAAAAUGUCAAACAAAUGUUUGAAAUUCAACUCUUUUUAACGUUAUGUGUGUAUGUGCAGUAAAAUGCAGUAAAACUUCGUGAAUCGAAAAAAAAUUUUUUUUUUCAAACUUUUAAUAAUUCUGAAAAAAAAAAUAUUUAAAAAAAACGCAAAAUGAAACUGUGUUUAAAAUUUUACUUUUAAAAAAAUUAGUUACACUUUUUUUCAAAAAAAAAAAUAUUACAAAAAAUUGAAUAUUUAAAAUUUAAAGGCAGAAACACUUAUUUUAAAUUUUGUAAUUUUACCACCCUUGAAGUGAAAAAAAUAUUUUUUGAUAAAAUAAAAAAAGUGGAAGUUUUAUUUGCGUAAAGAAAUAUUGAUAAAUGAAAAUUUUUGAACUCAAUGACAAAUUUAUAAUUAAUUAUUAAUUGAGUAAUUUUUUUCAAUUAUCAAAAUUUCAAAAAAAAAAGGUUACACAUUAUUUGUUUCAUGAUAAUUUGUUAAUUUUUUUUUUUUUUUUAAUUCACAAUUAUUGUGAAGUAAAAAUUUUCAUUUUUGUAUAGUUUCGUACAAAUAAUUUUAAGCGCUGUUUUCUUCUUUCUUUUUUCUAUUUUUUCUAUUUUUUUUUUGUAUAAUAUUGUACAUAUUUCUAUUAUCGAUGAUCGACUUAUUCAGCUCUGACAAACAUUUCGAGUAAAUUUAAAACUAGUUUAUUCGAAUUUCAAUUAAAUUUCCAAUUUACAUUCAAAUAACAGUUAAUUGGUUUUUGAAUGUGAACUGAAUGCUUCAAACACAGUUGAAAAUGUCGAUUAUAAAUCGUAAAUUAUUUAAAGCUCAGAGUUUCAAUGAAAUUUUUUAUAAAAUUUUAUAGAAUAUAUUUAAAAAUCUGUAAGUAAAUUUUUCAGUUAUUAUUGAUCAGUUUUUUUUUUUUUUUUUGAUACUCUGAGUCUGUGGAUGGGUUCAAUGUACCUCUCCAAAGUCUGUGACAUUUUUAAAGUUCUAUUUAUCGAAAGCUAGUGUGUAACUGUCUGUUUAAAAGUUAGAAAAUCACUGUGAAAAUUAUUUUAUACAUAGAAACACAAAAGAACGAAACUUUUUGCAUUAUUAGAAUUUUGAGUAGGAGCAAAAAUUGAAUAACUGAAAAUUAUUUUCUUUUUUAAAAAAAUUUAAUUUUGUACUUAUAACUAAUUAUGGUAAUUAUUAAUUAUCAAUUAUUAAUUAAUAAUUAAUAAUUACUAAUUAAUAAUUAAUAAUUACUAAUUAAUAAUUAUUAAUUACUAAUUAAUAAUUAUUAAUUAAUUUCGAUCAUUUAUCUGUAAAAUUCUCAAAAGAAAGAAAAGUUUCGUCAACAGUUUUUGUGAGCAGACUAUUAAAUAUAUAGCUAUAUUAACGGAGAAAAAAAAGCUGUUAUUUAUAAUAAAAAAAAAAUUAAUAAUUAUCAAGUUUAAUAAGAAAAUGAUUUUAAGCUAGUCCCUCGUAACGAAGCAGACAGCUCUACAAUGUGAUAUUGUAAUAUGUAUAUGUGUGUGCAAGAAUGUGAGCGAUCAAUUAUUUUCCCUUUUUGUUACCUCAUUUAAUAUUUUUAAAUUUUGUUCUUUUUUUUUAUUUUCGAAGAGAUCGCUGGUUUAUGAAAGUGUGAAAUAAUAUUGUUGACUUGUCCAAGUGUGCAAUAAAAAAAAAAUAAUGGGCAACGUCUCCUUUGAGAUUGAUUUUCUUUUUCAAUUUAUAUAAUUUUGAAUUCAAAUUGAAGAUUCAUUUCUAAAUUUAUAGAUUUCGUUUUGAUUUAUAGAAAUUAGAUUUUAAAAAAGUGCGAAAAUUAUCACUUAUUGAGGCGCUCUUAAAAAGAGAUUUUUUUUUUUUUUAAAGAGAUUUGAGUUUAUUUUUUAUUAUAUUAUAUUGCUCAAAGCACUGGAUCUAUGAUAUAUUGUUUCAACGUUGUAUCAUACUGUUUUAUAUGAUAAUACAUAUCUAUAUAUAAAUUA